CGGAGUGCAGGGGCAAUUUGCAGGUGAAAGUUGGUUUCCCACGGCCUCAAAGCCACCCGCAGAGCGAAUAAGCUGCGUGGCCGGAGGUGAACGCGUGCGGGUCCAGGUCUGCACCGGGUUGUCCGCAGCGGGCAAGCCGGCACACGCCCACCAGCUGCGGCAGCGCCCGCUGCGGACGUCCUCCCCGCGGUCCCGGGAGAGGCAGCCGCUGCCCUUACUCGUGUGUUCUCCGAGCGGAACAAAACAGCCUUCCAACAAACCUAAAAGCUCCACCUCUACUCCCCCGUGAACUCUUCUCCUAAUUGGCAGCUCGGCGCAUGGGAUGAUGCGGGCGGCUGCGGGCCGGCCCUGCAGUGCCAAGCCGCAACAUCCCCGUCCGGUUGGAGAAGGAGAGGGCUGCUCAGGCUGCACCCCACGAUCCUGAUCGCGGCGCUCCGGUCACCGUGAGAAACCGGCGGGGACGCCGCCCCUCCUGCGGCUGGAGCGCUUCCAGAGCAGAGGCGCAUCGCAGUGCCGCUCGCCCCGGCGUCCUCCCUCCAGCUCCGGCUCCUCCUCCUCCCCCCAAGCCCCGGCGCCCGCAGCGGGCUCCAAGAGGCGAGCGGGCGCGCCUCCCCCUCUUCGUCCUCCCCCUCGUCUCGCUCUCUCGCGGCUAACUUUCCUGAGCCCCGACCCGCGGCGCGGAGCUCCCCCCGGCAGCUGCGGGGCCCAGAGCCGACCUCGGGGCGGAGAGCGUGGGGGGUGCCCACUAUCUCAUCCCAAGCCCUCGGAGUGCUCCGGAGAGAACAGGACCAUGUCCCGGGCUGGGGACCGAGGCAAAACCCUGGCGAGAUGGCUGGGCACUGGGCUUUUGGGUCUCUUCUUGCUCCCUAUGUCCCUGCCGUUGGAGGUGUCUGUGGGAAAGGCUACCACCAUCUACGCUAUCAAUGGCUCAGCGAUCCUGCUGCCCUGCACCUUCUCCAGCUGUUUUGGCUUCGAGAAUCUCUACUUCAGAUGGUCGUACAAUAACACCGAGACGUACAGGAUUCUCAUAGACGGCAUUGUGAAGAAUGAGAAGUCUGACCCAAAGGUGAAGGUGAAGGGUGAUGACCGCAUCACCCUGGAGGGCUCCACGAAGGAGAAGAUGAACAACAUCUCCAUCCUGCUGAGUGACCUGGAGUUCAGUGACACGGGCAAAUACACCUGCUUUGUGAGGAACCCCAAAGAGAAGGACCUCAACAACUCUGCCACCAUAUUCCUCCAAGUGGUUGAUAAAUUGGAAGAAGUGGACAACACGGUGACGCUCAUCAUCCUGGCUGUGGUAGGUGGGGUCAUUGGACUUCUGGUCUGCAUCCUGCUGCUGAAGAAGCUCAUCACCUUCAUCCUCAAGAAGACCCGAGAGAAGAAGAAGGAAUGUCUCGUGAGUUCCUCUGGGAAUGACAACACCGAGAAUGGCCUACCCGGCUCCAAGGCAGAGGAGAAGCCACCCACAAAAGUGUGAGGUCCUGCGGGGCCAAGCAGCGCAGGGAACCUCACUUCCUGACGGCGACACUGAUGCUGGAGUCCUGUGUGUAGAACCCACCAACCGCGACGUGUGCUGCUUGGCCCAAACUGUCGUCUUUCUGAGCAGGAAGGACCUGAUCCUGUCCUGCCCAGCCUAGCUACCAUUCCCUCCCCAGCCAGGGCUUCCCAGGGGCAAGGGCUGGCUGGGGAAGGAAGCCUACAGAGGUUGAAGAAAGGGAAAGGAAGGGCUGGAGCAGUGUGGGAGAGUUGGUCCCUGGCACCUGGGAAAAUGGGGUCUCCUUUAGACUUCCCACCCCUGUGAACCCUCACGUUCCCCUCACAUUUUCUUCUGAUCCUUCACCGGGAUAUUGGGGUGAUCAGAGGGCUGCUCCCAAAGCUGGGGUUCAGAGAUGGGUAGAGGGUGGGCACUUGAGAUGUUGGGGAUGUGCUAGAACUCUGGGGUGGAGUCUGCUGGAGGUGGGGCCAGUUCUGAGAUGCAAGCUGGGCUUUGAAGGCUAUCAGGCUUCUGGAAGUUCCUUCCGAGGGAGCUUUCUCUUUCCCCCACCCUGGAAUACCUGCCCACAGUGUCCCAGCUCCCUGUCCAGCUUCCUGCUCUGAAUUUGUAGACUCCUCAGCUAGGACUGGACGCCCUGGCCUUCAAGUGUCCCAGUCUAUCUAGCCUGUCUUUGCUCUCCGAGCUGCCGCUGCUGGGGAGGCUUGGCCGCGGGCCGGGGGGCGGGGGGGGGGGCGCCCUCCAUCCUUCCUGGAACACUGGAGUGCUAUAGGCAUCUUUUCUGGCUUUGCUCUUUGAGUUUCAGGGGUGGGAGAAUGGUGUCUCCAACCUCCCAGCCUUUGGAAUGUCUAUUCCAGCCCUCGUGACUGAUAGCUCUUAUCCUGGGCAUGGCUGGACCAUGCCACCCUGGCACUCCUGGAUCUCAGUUCUUCCCACUUCUCCCCUUCUCUUGAAACAGUUGGUGUUGCCACCUUACUUGAGGGAUGGCUUCUUAGGACCUCCCAUCCUAUACCUUUGCUCCUCCGAUGUCCCUCCAGCAUGCCUGACCUUUCCCUGCCCCUAGGUCCCUCCACUCCCAGCCCUGGGCCUGCCUUUGCCUCAGGGACCCUUGUUUCCAAAUGAGAAGGCCCUUGACUUCUCCAGUGGCUUUCUGCCCAGCUGGGCCAGCUCCUCUGCCAGCCUGAGGUUGAGGAGGAGCAGGGAGAGGGCACUUUCGCCUCCUCUUUACUUCCUGCAGAGCUGGUUUGCACACCCCUCGAGUGUGGGACUAGAUUGUGCCUUAGCUCCCUGAGUCCUGGUUCUUACCCCAUUUCCUUUUGGCUCACACUUCCUGACUUAAUUGCACAGUCUGGUGUGACAGUGGUGGGGGUCCCCAGCUCCCCUCCCCGAGGCCAUGGAGGAGGCCAUGAAGCUGGAGUUGUGUUAACAAUGACCCUAUGGCUGAGGGCAGUCUUGGAGACACCCACCUGUGGGGUGUCUCAUCCUUGUCUUUGACAUGGAGAUGGGAUGGUAUCACAUGUGGGACCUUCAGAUGGGCUUGAUUUUGGGGGUCCCUGUGAUAUAUGAGAUGUGAUAACAGGGGGCACCCCAACUCCCUCUUCCUCACCAGGUUUCUGAUACUCUUGGGUCCCCGGAAGAUGAAGACCAGUCCUCUUUCCAGGGAGUGUGAGGACUUCUGCCUAGGAGUGGCUGAAGGCUUACCCCAAAUUGGAAGUGGGAGUGUAAGGAACAAUAGGGCCUGUAGGGUGCCUGUGGCUAUGGCUAGUGUCUCUUGCCCAAGCCAAGGAGCUCACAGGUCCUUGCCUUCUCUCCUCCUGCCCUUCUUUACCCAGAACUCAUUGUGGCUGGGGGAAAAGUUGCCCUUCUCCUGCUUCUUAUCCAUUUAUUGGAGACAGAGUCUCAUGUAGCCCAGGCUGGCCUCCGACUUCCUACAUAGCCAAGACUGGCCUUGAACUCCUGAUCUUCUGCCUCCAUCACCCCAGUGCUGGGAUGGCAGGUGUGACCCCACACCCUGCUCAGAGUAACCAGGCUCUGAGAUCAAACGCGGCACCAGAGCCUCCAGCCGUUCAGGAGACUUCCGGCUGCCUUCGUGUAGAACUCUGCUCUCUUCCCCGACGUCGGAAGAGGCGCAGUGCUGUGGGCUCUUCUUGCUUUUGUGAGAGGAAGCGAAGGCACAGGGAACCAGAGAGGAGGGUGUCACCCUGCCCCUCUUCCUGUCACUGUGGGCUUACAGGCGGCCCUUGCAGCUUCUCCCAUCUACCCAAAGGGUGAAAUAAUACCUACCUCACAGGGCUGUGGUGAGGCUUGGCAAGGUUUUUGUGUUUUGUUUUGUUUUCGCUUGGCUUGGAAAGGCAUUGGGAAACAAGGUUUAUAACUGGAGACAGUCCCACGUCUGUCAUGUCCUCAUCCCUCUAACACGCGUUACCAUAGGAACCGUGGCUCCAACUGAUGCUAAGCAUCUUGUCCACGGCAUUGGUUUUUUUUUUUUUUUUUUUUUUUUUUUUUUUUUUUUUUUUUUUUUUUUUUUUUUGAUGGAGGUGAUUGGGACUAUGGGGGUAAUUUUUUAUUGUUGUUAUCCCAAUGCCUGCAAUACCUUUUAAUGGAUAGGGAUUAAGAGCACAAAACUUGGUCCUCUUCACAAGGGAUGUCCGGUCCUAGUGCUAGCUUCAUGCCUGUGCAGACAUUGCCACGGAUUGCAUUAGAAUGUAUGCUCACAAAGCCAUUUCCCCCAGCCAGACCCUCAUGCAGGCACGUUUUCAGUAGUGAUCUCAGGAUGGCUGAGGCUGUUCCAUGUACCACUGGGCUACAGAACCUCUUACACAGUUGACUUUGGGAAACCCGGACCCACGCUGGCAAUGACAUCAGUGAGACCAAAGAUGAAGCACAAGUCCCUCCUCAUCCUUGACCUCCAAAUAGACAUCUGCAUUCGAGGGCCCAGAUCCCUCUGUGUAGAAACUGAGCAGAAGGCGACUGGAACCAGCCUGCCGUGCUGGAGGGCCCCGUGAGAGGGAUGCACUGGGAGGGGGGCAGAAUUUCACACACCUGGCUGACCAGCUUUUGUGGAGCCUGGGAGGCAAGAGCAUCCUUCAGAUGGUGGAAUUCAAGGGUGCACUCGUGCGGAGUGGUUGUGGCCUGUGGUGUGCGACAAGGUGUGCCUGGUCCGUCUGCAGAGGUGUGACUGAGUGGGUGGGCUGUGCAUGCAAGGGGUGAUGGGAGAUGGGGGGAGGGGGGACCCUGCACUUUCCACAGCCUGAGUUGGAGGCUGGGGAAGGGUAAGAGAAGUGAACAGCCGUGCUCCUGGAUUCCACUGGGUGACUCCAUCUCAGGGUCACAGUCAGCUGCCAUUGGAGGGCUGGGCAGGGAUGCCAAGAAGAAGGAUUUGUGGGGAGGUCCUCUAGCUUGCUGCACUUUACUUUGUCCCAGAUUGGAGUCCCUGCUCUCCCAUCCCCCACUGGAUACGCAGUGCUUCUGACUAUCAUAUGCAUGGUUUGUUCCUCUGGCUUGGAUGGCAGUACCCAUAGUCAAUUUUCCUAUAUAACUUCAUAGAUCAAACAGUAUAGUGAUGGGCUGUGGGUGCCUCAGGUCCAUGGUGCCUCUCCGAGGCCCCGACGUGCACAAGCCCACUAUUGACUUGUGUUUAAGCACAGAUUGAAUUCAAUUAGGUUGUCUUGCCUCUACAACACGUUUUUGCAUUGUAGAAUUGGAUUUAGCUUCGCUUUGGAUGAAAUAAAAAUUAUUUUUUAAUAA